GCUGACAGCUGUAUAGUAGGUUCGAGCUCCUCUGGAUAUCAGCGUCGCUUUGGAUUUUUCUCUUGUGCAAAAAGAAAGUAAAAUGAAGGCCAUUAGUCCUGUUCGCUCGUUGAGAAGCUGCUACGAGGCUGUGUGCUGUAUUUCGGAGCAGAGUUUGUCCAUUAGCCGGAGCCGGAGUCCGAGCGAGGAACCGGUUGGUACUCUGAACGACAUGAACGACUGUUACUCCCGCCUGAAGGAGCUGGUUCCGAGCAUCCCUCAAAACAAAUCCGUCAGCCAGAUGGAGAUCCUGCAGCAUGUCAUCGAUUAUAUUUUCGAUCUCCAGAUCGCGCUGGAAAGCCCUACAGGCACUCCGGACAUGCUGAUGGCACUCAAGACCUCAGAGAUCAAGCACAGUCUGUCCAAAGAAAAUGAUGGAGCUCUGUGCCAUUAGAGGAGAGCGCGCGCCUCAAGUUUUUUCCAUCGGUGCAGGACAGAAACUUCUCCACUCAUGGACAAGAGAGAAAGGGAGUGAAGGGGCUGAACACACACACACAAGGAGUGCAGCUAUUCAGAGUGUGGGAAAAGAACCUGCCCUCCACUCGAACCAUGCAGUCUUUGGUCACUGGACACUUGAACACACCAAAGCUGAAGAUUUCUGAAGUUCGGGUGGAAAGCUCUCUUAUAAAGUUUUUUUUUUUUUUUUUUAAUACAAUCAUUUCUCUUUUUGUGAUGCUACAAUCAGGCAUUGUGUAUUGCUGACUGGUUACAUUCCAAGCUAUUAGGACGACACACACUUUACAUUCCCCCUCUCUCUCUCUCUCUCUCUCUCUCUCUCUCUCUCUCUCUCUCUCUCUCUCUCUCUCUCUGUG